UUUAAAAAGAAAAGAAAAAUAAUAAAUAUUAAAAAAUCUAAAAAAAAAAAUUAAUAAAAAUUCAAAAUUUAAUUUUUUUUUCUUAAAUUUAAAUUAAGAAUAUUUUAUUAUUAUUAUCCUUAAUUAUAUGUAUAUAUAUAUACUUAAUAAUUUUUGCAAUAACUAAUAACGAAGUUGUACAUAGAAAAGCAGUAGAUAUCUUAUAUGACGGUUAACAACAUAUUAAAAUUAAGUUCAUUCGCGAUUGGAACGAAUAAAUAACGUUACACUGCAAUGGGUGGCCCCAAAAAACAAGAGGCACCACCUGGUAGUGGGCCGACAUCACUUUUUAUACUUACAGAAACAAAUAUUAUUAGAAGAUAUACAAAAUUUAUAAUAGAAUGGCCACCUUUUGAAUAUGCCGUAUUGUUGACAAUCAUAGCAAAUUGUGUCGUUUUAGCUUUAGAAGAACAUCUUCCUGCUGGUGAUAAAACAGUUUUAGCGCAGAAACUGGAAAAAACGGAAGUCUAUUUUCUAGCAAUUUUCUGUGUAGAAGCGUCGCUAAAAAUAUUAGCCUUAGGAUUUGUCCUACAUAAACACUCGUAUCUGCGCAAUAUAUGGAAUAUAAUGGAUUUUUUUGUUGUUGUGACUGGAUUUGUCACAAUGGGAGUGCAUAGUGGACCAGAAGGUCCGGAGGUAGAUCUAAGAACAUUAAGGGCCAUCCGUGUUCUGCGGCCUUUAAAAUUAGUUUCUGGAAUUCCUAGUUUACAAGUAGUUCUUAAAUCAAUUAUUAAAGCCAUGGCGCCUUUGCUUCAAAUUGGACUGUUAGUGUUAUUCGCAAUUAUCAUAUUUGCUAUUAUAGGACUCGAAUUUUAUUCUGGAGCUUUACAUAAAACAUGCUAUAGUUUAGAAAAUCCUAAUCUUAUUGUUAAAGAAGGUGAAAUGGAAACACCAUGUAAUGCCGAUGAUUUUCCAAAACAGAAUACAUCAGCAUAUUUAUGUAAUUUUACAAAUAGUAUGUGUUUGGAAAAAUGGGAUGGACCCAAUUCAGGGAUAACCAGUUUCGAUAAUAUUGGGUUUGCUAUGUUAACAGUAUUUCAGUGCAUUACCAUGGAAGGCUGGACUGCAAUACUGUAUUGGACAAAUGAUGCUUUGGGUUCAACAUACAAUUGGAUUUAUUUUGUUCCUUUAAUAGUUAUUGGAUCAUUCUUUAUGCUCAAUUUAGUUCUCGGUGUUCUCAGCGGAGAAUUCGCAAAAGAACGAGAAAAAGUAGAAAAUAGGCAAGAAUUUCUUAAGCUUAGACGACAACAGCAGUUAGAACGUGAAUUAAAUGGUUACGUUGAGUGGAUAUGUAAAGCUGAGGAAGUAAUUUUAGCGGAAGAGCGAACAACAGAAGAAGAAAAAAUGCACAUAAUCGAAGCGAGGCGCCGUAACGCUGCAAAAAGAAAAAAACUGAAAAGCUUGGGUAAAUCAAAAUCGACUGAUACAGAAGAGGAAGAGGCUGAGGAUGAUUAUGGAGAUGAUGGUUUUUUAAAAUCAAAAGGAAAUACCCAAGGUAGCUGUAAGGGUUUUUGGCAUGCAGAAAAACGUUUUCGUUUUUGGAUCCGGCAUACAGUUAAAACGCAAUGGUUUUAUUGGUUCGUAAUCGUAUUAGUAUUUUUAAAUACAGUAUGCGUUGCUGUUGAACACUAUGGACAACCACCAUGGUUAAAUUCUUUCUUAUUUAUUGCCGAAUUUGCAUUUCUUGGCCUAUUUAUGACUGAAAUGUUCGUUAAAAUGUAUGCAUUGGGACCAAGAAUAUAUUUUGAAUCAUCGUUUAAUCGUUUUGAUUGUGUCGUCAUUAGUGGUUCAAUAUUUGAAGUUAUAUGGUCAGAAGUUAAAGGUGGAUCAUUUGGUUUAUCCGUCCUAAGAGCUUUACGUUUACUUCGUAUAUUUAAAGUAACAAAAUAUUGGUCAUCAUUACGUAAUCUCGUUAUAUCAUUAUUAAAUUCAAUGAGAUCUAUUAUUUCAUUGCUAUUCUUGCUCUUCUUGUUCAUUCUUAUAUUUGCUUUAUUGGGUAUGCAAUUAUUUGGUGGUCAAUUUAAUUUGAGAGGUGGUACACCAGAAACAAAUUUCAAUACGUUUCCAAUUGCAUUAUUAACAGUUUUUCAAAUAUUAACUGGUGAAGAUUGGAAUGAAGUUAUGUAUCAAGGUAUUAUAUCACAAGGUGGAGCUAAAAAGGGAAUGAUAUAUUCAUUAUAUUUUAUAAUUUUGGUGCUAUUUGGUAACUAUACACUGCUAAACGUUUUCUUGGCUAUCGCUGUCGAUAAUUUAGCAAAUGCUCAAGAAUUAACUGCUGCAGAAGAAGAACAAGUUGAAGAAGAUAAAGAGAAACAAUUACAAGAAUUAGAAAAAGAAAUGGAAGCUUUACAAGGUGAUGUAUCACCAUCUAGAUUAGAAGCGGUUGCUAAACAUAGUGCGAAGAAAAAAGAAGAGGAGAAAAAAGAAGAAGAAGAAGAAGAUCAAAUAGGGCCAAAACCAAUGCUGCCAUAUUCUUCGAUGUUCAUUUUAUCACCAACAAAUCCAAUACGGCGUGGAGCACAUUGGGUUGUUAAUCUACGUUACUUCGAUUUUUUCAUUAUGAUUGUAAUAUGUUUAUCAUCAAUAGCUUUAGCUGCAGAAGAUCCAGUUAAUGAAGAUUCCCCACGCAAUCAAAUUCUAAAUUACUUCGAUUAUUGUUUUACAUGUGUAUUUACGAUAGAAAUGUUACUUAAAGUUGUAGAUUUAGGCAUAAUAUUACAUCCAGGCAGCUAUUUACGUGAAUUUUGGAAUAUUAUGGAUGCUGUAGUAGUAAUAUGUGCCGGUGUCAGUAUAGGUUUUGAUAUGAGUGGGAGCAGCGCAGGUCAAAAUUUAUCAACAAUUAAAUCACUUCGAGUACUUCGUGUAUUACGACCUUUAAAAACUAUCAAACGUGUUCCAAAACUUAAGGCUGUAUUUGACUGUGUCGUAAAUUCUCUAAAAAAUGUUAUAAAUAUUUUAAUAGUGUAUAUACUGUUUCAAUUCAUUUUUUCUGUUAUCGGAGUACAAUUAUUUAAUGGAAAAUUUUUUUAUUGCUCGGAUGAAAGCAAACAUACGGCUAUUGAAUGCCAGGGAUCUUUCUUUAAAUAUGAUGAAGAUGAAGUAUUACCAAAAAAAGAAGAUAGAAUAUGGCGAACGAGAAGUUUUCAUUAUGAUAAUGUAGCUGUGGCAAUGUUAACAUUAUUUGCUGUACAAACUGGAGAAGGAUGGCCGCAAGUUCUUCAAAACUCUAUGGCAGCAACAUAUGAAGAUAGAGGUCCAAUACAAAAUUUCAGAAUCGAAAUGUCUAUAUUUUACAUUGUUUACUUUAUCGUAUUUCCAUUCUUCUUCGUAAACAUUUUCGUGGCCUUAAUUAUUAUUACAUUCCAAGAACAAGGUGAAGCCGAAUUACAAGAUGGGGAAAUUGAUAAAAAUCAAAAAUCUUGUAUUGAUUUUACAAUUGGAGCUAGACCGCUUGAACGUUAUAUGCCAAAAAAUCGUGAUAGUUUCAAAUAUAAAGUUUGGCGUAUUGUGGUAUCAACUCCAUUCGAAUAUUUUAUAAUGAUGUUGAUCGUAUUCAACACACUAUUACUUAUGAUGAAGGUUUACACGCCCCCUGUGCCAAAUAAAGCGUAUCAUCAACAAGGCGACAUUUACGAGAAGUCCUUACGAUAUAUCAACAUGGGAUUUACCGGAAUGUUUAGCGUUGAAACAGUAUUAAAAAUUAUUGGAUUUGGCAUUAAGAAUUUCUUCAAAGAUCCUUGGAAUAUAUUCGAUUUAAUCACAGUAGUUGGAAGUAUAAUUGACGCCCUCUGGAUGGAAUUUGGUUCAAGUUCAAUAAAUGUUGGAUUUUUGCGUUUAUUCCGUGCCGCACGUCUUAUUAAAUUAUUACGUCAAGGAUAUACAAUUAGGAUAUUACUUUGGACAUUCGUUCAAUCGUUUAAGGCAUUGCCUUAUGUAUGCUUGCUCAUUGCCAUGUUAUUCUUUAUUUAUGCGAUUAUUGGAAUGCAGGUUUUUGGAAAUAUCAAACUUAGUACACCGGAACAAUCAAUUACAAGACACAACAACUUCCAAUCCUUUGUUCAAGGACUAAUGUUGCUUUUCAGAUGUGCAACAGGCGAGGCGUGGCCGAACAUUAUGUUGGCGUGCCUCAAAGGGAGGCCAUGCGAUGAGAGAGCUGGCAAAGAGCCACACGAAACAUGUGGUUCAACAUUAGCAUAUGCGUACUUUGUUUCAUUUAUAUUCUUCUGUUCAUUUUUAAUGUUAAAUUUAUUCGUUGCUGUUAUUAUGGAUAAUUUCGACUAUUUAACUCGUGAUUCAAGUAUUUUAGGAGCACAUCAUUUAGAUGAAUUUGUACGAAUAUGGGCAGAAUAUGACCCGAAUGCAACGGGCAAAAUACAUUAUUCGGAAAUGUACGAUAUGCUAAAAAAUAUGGAUCCUCCAUUGGGGUUCGGUAACAAGUGUCCUAAUCGCCUUGCCUAUAAAAAGCUUAUUAGAAUGAAUAUGCCAUUAGAUCAUGAAAUGAAAGUAAAUUUUACAACAACUUUGUUUGCAUUAAUUAGAGAAAAUUUAAGUAUUAAAAUGAGAUCAGCUGAAGAAAUGGAUCAAGCUGAUGAGGAAUUAAGGCAAACAAUAACACAUAUAUGGCCAUUACAAGCUAAGAAAAUGAUCGAUUUAUUAGUACCAAAAAACGAUCAAUUAAAUAAAAAUAAGAUGACAGUUGGUAAGGUUUAUGCUGGUCUAUUGAUAUUAGAAAGUUGGCGUACAACUAGAUUUGGUCAAAUUGAUGGAAUACCGCGUGAAACCAACAAUAAUUUAGCUGACGUUGAAUUAGAAUUAGCGAAUGUAUCAAGACGAGCAUCACGUGAAAGUAUGCAGGGUACUGAAACACAUUUACAUCCAAAUCAAGUAUAUAGAAAUGGAGAAAGAUCACCUAGUUUAAGGCAAGACUUAUCACCAACACUUAGAUCACCGAGCCCCCGACGAAAAUCUCAUUAUCCACAUCAUGAUAUCGGAUUCUCAGAUACAGUAUCAAAUGUUGUUGAAAUGGUCAAGGAAGGCAGAAAUUAUCAUCAUAGAGGAUACGGAGGACACCAGUAUACUCGUGGUUCAUGGUCAGCGUCAACAAGUCCAGCAAGAUCACCAUCACCAACACAUUUUGCUGGCCACCUGCCAAGAAGUAAGCAAAAUCAAUAUCAGCAUUAUCCCUACUAUGGGACAACUAGCCUAUAUCGCAGAUCUCGUUCGCCAAGUCCUACACGACUACAGGAGAUGCAUGAAAAUAAUAGACUUAGAGCAAAUAGAAUGGGCCAUUAUGUACAACAUAGUUAUCCAGCUCUAACAACACGUAGAGGUGGCAUUGGACGUAGAUUACCUCCAACGCCAUGUAAGCCUUCAACACUCCAAUUAAAACCAUCAAAUAUCAAUUUUCCAAAAUUAAAUGCAAGCCCAACGCACACACACCGUUCAACACCGCAUAGUGUUCAUUCUCUAAUGUACAAUCGUGAUGCAAUACGAUAUCCGGUUGAUACAUAUUUAAAAGAACGUGAUCGUGAUAGGGAACGUGAUCCAUUUAGAGAUAGAAUACGUGAUUAUGAAUUAUGUUGUGAAUAUCCAGAAGAGGAACAUGAUUGUUAUGAUAUGGAUUAUGAUCCUGAAAUUGAUAGAGAAAGACUGGAAUAUAUAGCUCCACUUUCAUUUGAACAAGCUGUUGCUAUGGGUAGAACAGGACGUGUUUUACCCUCACCUGUUUUAAAUGGUUAUAAACCAAAAGGUCCUCAUGUAAGACAUUCAGAUUCCGAUGAAGAAGAUUGGUGCUAGCAAAGAAUUAGAUUACGACGGGAUAGAAGGGAUAGUCAAAUGUGGGUUUAGAAGAAAAUUAACAAAGAAAAUUAACCAAAUUAUAUAAUGUAUAUUUAUAUAUAUAUAAAUAUAUAUAUAUAUAUAUAUAUACGUAAAAUAUAAAUAAAUAAAUAUAAUAUAAAUACAAAGAAAAAAGAAAUAAUAAAUAACACAAAAUAUAUAGAAACGGCAUUUUGGUAUUUACUAAUAAUCAUAUUUUAAAUUUCUCUUUUUAAAAUCAAAAUAAAAAAUUAAAAAAUUCAAAAAAAAAAAAAAUAAAUAAAACCUAAAAAGAAAAGACAAAAAAUACAAAAUUCAUAUAUAUAUAUAUAUAUGUAUAUAGAUAUAUAAAUAUAUUUGCAAUAUAUUAUGUAUAUACGAAACGAAAAUUAAAAAUAUGGCUAUCGGUUAUCCAGUGCCAAUAUAUAAAAACAAAAAAAAAAUCUUUAUAUAAAAAAAGAGUAAAAAAAACAGAAAAAAUUAAAGUCAAAAAUAAUUAAGUAAAAAUUUCAAUUUUUUUUGUCCUUUUUUAUUUUUAAUUUUAAUUAAAAAUAUUGUAAAUAUUCUAAAAAUUAUAAAUUAAAAUACAUAAUUGUAUAUAUUUAAAAAAAAUUAUAUCUAUUGUUAUAGUUAAAAAACAACCAAAGAAAAAACCGAAAUGUGUGCGUAUAUAUUCAUAUAUAAAAUAAUCCAACACAUAAACAUACAUACAUACAUUUAUAAUAUAAAAAUAAUUUAUAAUAAUUUUAAUUUCAAUUAUUUUAUGAAUAAUAAUUUAUAUAGUUAGAAUGUCAGUACUUACAAAAACAUUUAACAAUUUAUAUAUUAUGUGUAUAUAUACAUAGAUUCAAAAAAUGUAUAAAUAAAUCUUUUAUAGUAAUUUAUAUCUUAUUAUUUAGAAAUUUAUUUAAUACUUUAUAUACUACAUUUUUGUAAUAUAUAUAUAUGUUUCAAUUGUCGCGGUUAGAGUUGCAAUUAAAUUCCUUUUGAAAUAUUUUAUUAGAAUUAAAAUUUAUUGUAUGUUGAUUAUUACUUGAAUUACUUAUGUAAAAUUAUACAUGACUUGAAAUUACAGUGAAAUUUGUUCAGUCUUAAAGUAUAGACCUUAACUCAAAAUUCUAUAGUUAUCUAUAAUUAAUUCCUUUACAAAAUGAUUAUAAUUCAAAUUUUGGUAAAUUUGGUAAUAUGAUGGUUCAAGAAAAUAAUAUAUAUAUAUAAUAUACAUAAUGUCCGUUAAGAUCUUAAUAUAAAACCUUUCUGAAUAAUUAAUUAUACAUCAAUAAUUUUCGAUAUUUAAUUAAUUGUUAUUAAUAUUCUAAUAAAAAAAUAAUGAAAUGAAUAUAACAUAUGUAAAAACUUUAAAUUACAUUUAUAUUUAA